AUGUAUUUCCCCAUCUUCAGGAGUGGUACAAAGUACAGUGGCCUGGCGUGUGUUCUGUCCAUCCUACUGGACAGGAUGGAGGAAGAAUCCUGCGUCAUAGUUCCCCUUGUCGUCGGUUCAAUUAAGUCCGUAGAACCGGAGAUCAUUCCAAACCUUGUGAGUGCUUAACAAACACAUUUUUUUCGUUUAUGUCUAUCUCCUGCCAAGACUAAGCCCUUAGCCUCUGAAUUUACACUAACAACUAAUAAGUUAACAAAGAUGUAAUUAACUUGUAUAUUGGGUCUUUAAUUUUUAAAAAAAAAAUAAAAUAAAAAAAUAAUUUUAAAAAAUCGUGAAGAAUGAUAUUUAGCGGUUGAAAAGUUCUAAUAGGUUAUUUUUCGUAUGCAUUAGUUAAAUCGAUUUUGAUUAAUCUAUUUUUCUUUUCAGGAGCAAUACAGAUGUCUGUACCAAGUCAUACAAAAGUACAUUGAACGAUAUCAUUCAUGGUUGUAA